GUCUUCGACGAGCUGCUGCUGGACGCGGAUUUCAGCGUGAACGCGGGCAGCUGGAUGUGGCUCUCCUGCAGCGCCUUCUUCCAGCAGUUCUUCCACUGCUACUGCCCCGUGGGCUUCGGGCGGCGCACGGACCCCAGCGGGGACUACGUGAAGAGGUACCUGCCCAAACUGAAGGGUUUCCCCUCACGGUACAUCUAUGAGCCCUGGAAUGCCCCGGAGUCUGUGCAGAAGGCAGCCAAGUGCAUCAUUGGGGUGGACUACCCUAAACCUAUGGUGAACCACGCCGAGACCAGUCGCCUGAACAUCGAGCGCAUGAAGCAGAUCUACCAGCAGCUGUCACGCUACAGGGGACUCUGCUUACUGGCAUCAGUCCCUUCAUGUGUGGAAGACUUCAGUGGCCCAGUCACAGACUCAGCUUCAGGGCAGGGCUGCAGCACCAGUACAGCAGUGAGGCUGUCACAAGCAGAGCAGGCUUCUCCGAAGCGCAAACACGACGGAGCAGAAGAGCUGUGCUCUGAAGACCUCUACAAACGAGCCAAAGUGACAGGCCUGCCUGCUGCAGAGGUCCCUGGCAAGAGUUUAUGAUUCCAGCGACAAGCACCUUGCAAGUGAAGAGAGAAUGCUG